CAUGGUAGUAACCUCGAAUUCUGGAACGGAUCAAGAUAUUCACAAAUUGAAGCAAAAUGUUGUGUCUACGCUGUUCUCAUGGUCUUAGGGCUACUCCAAUUGUAUCGAGGGUACUUUCACAGUCAAGCUCUAUGCUGGUGAAAAGGUAGAUUUUCACCAAUUCAUCACACAGCCACACAUCUCCAUACUCACAACUUUCCAGAACAUUCACAUCAAUAACACCCCUCCGACCAACGUUAUUUCCCGGCGCAUUCAAACCCACGUCAUCGGUGAUCAUUGCUUCAGAAGCAGCAUCAUUAGAUCUCCUCCCAAAAAUCUCAACACAUCCAGCAUUGAGCACAACACAAGUACGUUGUGGACCUAGAAAUACAUUUAGUCCGAGUCAUUUUGUUAGGAAGAGGAGGCAUGGAUUUUUAAGCAGAAUUAAGACGAGGAAGGGGAGAGCGACGUUGCAGAGGAGGAAGUCGAAGAGAAGAAGUACCUUGAGUCACUAGAGAAAGAAUAUUAGUGAUGGGACCAACAAAAGUCGCCGAGGUGGAACUGCGGGGCAAUAUGAAGGCAUACUGGGAAGCAGGGACGAUGAGCGCAGCAAUUACGUGCAUGAUACUCGGCAUGAUCGAUGACGAUGUUACGGUGGUUGUGUCUGUGGAUUUUGAGCUGCAUGAAGUGUAAGAUACUGAAGAUAUGAAUGUGUACAUCAAGACUUCACAUCCGUUGGAUGGCCAUGUAUGUGGACUGGUCGCUCAACACAUGAAAGAAUUUCAGCCAAAGCAAUGUAGGAAGUCUUCGGAUCGACGGGCUAUACUGUUUUGAACCACGUGGUGAAUUCUACAC